AUGUCUUCAUACAUCUGGCUCGCAUGCCUUCUCACAUUCAUCACAAUCACCUCCGCGCAAUCAGACAGCGACAGAUGCGAGGGCAACACCACCACCUACCACGACUUCAACCUUACCGUACCCUUCCAAAACCUCUGCGGGAAAGACAUCGGCGCCAAAGUUGACUUCCUCGAUCCCACCUUCGAGGAAACCUGGUCUGAUUGUAUGGGCCGCUGCGUCAAGAAAGAGCCGCUGUGCUACGGCUUCGAUUUCCGACCUCUCGGCGCAACAGAAUUCGAAAAUUGCUGGCUCAUGAACGCUACGUUCGAUGCGGCGACGGCUGUGUAUCCAGGGUUUGUGAUCGAUGCGGCGAUGUUGGCGCCGGAUCUGGUGGAGGGGUUGGAUGAGAGUUGUGAGACACUGGGGCUGCGGGGAUGCUUUUUGAAGAAUGGGAGGUUGGAGAAGGUGACGGCUACCUCCACCAACACGAACGCGGCUUCCACCAACUCAAAGAGUCUCUCCAACGGCGCAAAGGGAGGGAUCGCAGCCGGCAUCAUGGCUUUGGUGGUAUUAGUAGCCCUACUCAUCGCCUUUGCGACGCAAACAAAGAGCGCGGGGUUAUAG